UCCGCCCUCACAUAUCCUCGAUGCUCAGAGCUGCUCGUCUAGCAAGCCAAUCCUCCAGGCGCUCCUUCGCCACGGUCGUCGACGCCGCCGGCGGUGUCAAGGUCGCCACUGUCGACAAUGGCCAGCCAAUUUCCACCGUGACCGUCCUGCUGAAGGCCGGUAGUCGGUACGAGCAGAAGCCUGGUCUCGCCCAUGUCCUUUCCAACUUCGCGUUCAAGAGCACCGGGAAGCGCUCGGCGUUGGGCACCGUUCGCGAGGCCGAAUUGCGCGGCGGUCUCCUCUCCUCCACCCUCUCCCGCGAACACUUGGCUUUGACGGCAGAGUUCCUCCGAGGCGAUGAGUCGUUCUUCGUUGAUGUCCUCGCCGACUACAUUGCAGGUGCAAAAUUCACCCGUCACGAACUCACCGAAUACGUUCUACCCGCUGUUCUUGCCGAGUCCGCCGCCGUAUCUCACUCGAAUUCGACACGUGCUCUUGAGCUCGCCCACGCCUUUGCCUUCCGUUCCGGUCUGGGCCACUCGCUCUACGCCGACGAACACUCUGUUGGGAGCAUCACCGCUGAGGACGUCAAGGCUUUCCACGCCCAAUCACUCUCAUCUCUGGCAGUUCUUGGAACCGGCAUCUCAUCCGACGCCCUUACAUCGCUGUUCGAGAAGGGCUUCAAGAAGGCCGGUAUCUCCCCAUCUACAGCAGAUGCCUCGGCCAGCAAGUCUUCGUAUUACGGUGGCUCGACGAGAGUUACGGCCGGCCACGGCCCUCAAACUGUGUUCAUCGGUUUCGGAACUUCGGGAACCGCAUCACUGCCCGCUCUCUAUGCCCUCAACGCCCACAUCUCUCCCGCUCCAUCCGUGAAAUGGACGACCGGAACCUCCACACUUUCCGCCUCCAUCCCUGCCGGCGUUCACGCAAGCACUGUCAUCCUGCCAUACUCUGACGCUACCCUCUUCGGUGUCCUCCUCGAGGGCUACGACGCUAAGGCCGUUUCAGCGGCCUCGAAGGCUGCCGUCGACGCGUUCAAGUCGACGGCGAGCAAGGUCAGCGCUGAGGAUGCCACCAAGGCCGUGGCGAAGGCCAAAUUCACGAUCGCUGGUGGUGUGGAGAAGAGGGAAGGAUUCGUCAGCCUCCUUGGGCCCAAGGUCCUCUCCGGCGAACAGGCUGGUCUGGACAGCACUGUUAAGGCCGUUGAGGCUGUGGACGCCGCUGCUAUCUCCAAGCUUGCCGGUGACUUGCUCAAGAGCAACCCUACCAUUGUUGCUAUUGGAGAUAUCCACACCCUCCCUUACCAGGACGAGCUUGGCUUGUGAUUAUAGACUGCACGGCUGGAUUCGCUCAAAAUAUCAUCACCUUUGCCGGGAAUAUAAUGAUUGUCUAGACCUCAAUAAUCCCCGAGACUUUGUCCCUGUAAGGGGAAGCUAAGUCCUCGGUAGUUCAUUCUAGCUUGCCCCGUUCGCUCGUCGUGAAUAGUCGUGAUACAUCACUCACGC